UCACGCGGCCUGAUCCCGCUCGUGCCGUCACGAAAUCCAGAUCUUUAGAGUCUGGACAUAACCCGGAACGUAGCAACGCCCAGGCUGCUAGGCUGAACAGGGCUGAGCUACAUACCUCCAUAAGCUGCGCCGCACGGGGUAAUUUCCUGUCGCUUACGGUGUGGAUCGGUAUAGCUUUUAUGACCCUUCAACAAAUGCACGUUUACUCGUGUAAAUGCCUUAGCAUGGAAUCAGCGUUGCAGGAACGUUCUUAAUGGUAUAGUAGUCCCAGGCUUCACCGAUUAUGGCAUCUGUUGCGGUCUAGUCGGUGAGCUGGAGUGGAAUCUCGCGGUUCGCGUUAUGCCGGGGGCGACGUUCAGGAUUUCAUCAAGGCUGAAUAGAUUGAUCUAUAAAGAGAGGGUGUUAUCCGGCGUGUUCACGAUGGUAUUUAUUCUGGAUCACGACGACAUCCCACUUGCCUCUUUCACUGACCAGGACCAAGCUCACACUCGUUCAAAAUGAAGUCUUUACUCUUAACGCUCUCUGUGGCCACCGCCGUCAGUGCCAUCCCCAACAUUACUGUCGUUCCUAAAGAGAACAAAUGCAGCAACUGGCCUUUCUUUCGCCAGAUGUCCAGCGUUGCCGGACCUUGGGUUCUCUUCGCCGACUCGACCGGCAAAGAUAUUGACGGUUAUAAAGCCACAUAUACUACCAACUCGGAUAAGACACUCGCUUCAGCUUGGUUGGGCAUAAGCAACAUCAAGGAUGCGGCAGUUCCUCAAAUCCAGUGCCAAGCGUUUGGCAGCGCGGAGAUGUUAGCCGUGAACGUAGACGGCCAUUACGAGCCCCUCAGCAUAUCGGAGUACAUCUACCACCAGUACGAUGGGUUGAUCUUCGUGCAGACUGUGGCGAGGGGAGCUCCUAUCGAGCCUCAUUGGCAUUACUACCCGAACGGCACGCGACAGGACGGCACGUUCCUGGGGUGGAACAACUUCACGACUUGGGCGUACCUACUCAAUGAAGAGUCCCGCUCGUACCGGGUUCGCCUUUUGACGGACACCUCCCGGGGUCUCGUAGAUGGCGAAUUUACUGGCUUCAUUAGAGCCGGAUUUCCAGGUCUGUCGGAUUAAGAGAGUACCUAUAACGGAAGAUGAGCAAGGUUGUAAUACUUCAUAUCUUAUACCCUUAAUAUAUACAUAUUCCACUGU